CUUUCUUCAUCUCCUCCCCAUCUCCGCUUACGGCCAGCCCGCCAUGCACGCCCCGCUCGGAGUCCCAGAACGUCAGAUCGCUUGCGCGGACCUCAUCCAGGCGCUCGAGGAGUGCCAUGCGCGCGGCACGAUCGCCAAGUUCUUCGGCGCGUGCAACGACCAAAAGCUCGCGCUGAACAUGUGCUUGCGAAAGGAGCGCGUAGACCGCACCACACGGAACCGCGAAGCGAGCAAGGAGCGUAACCGGAAAAAGGAGGAGGCGUGGGCGCGCCUCGCGGAGGAGCGCGCGCAGGCGGAGAAGCAGGCGUAGAUUGUACCAGCAUUGCAUGGCCCAUGGCAUGGCAUCGGGUGGAGACGUCGGUGGAACGAUGUUGGGCGGGAGACGUCGCAGACAGUGGCUCGGAGCAACAGGCCAAGGUCGACCCAUGAGCAGACAAGCCAGGAGCGUCGCCGAGGCCGAGGCUGCAUUGAUCUGCUCCGCCCAAAUGGCAUUGCUAUUACACUCACAGGUAUUGGCCUAUUGACCUGGGUAUUUGGGAUUACUUUACUUCCGCAAUCCGCACAGGCCAUCCUAAUCACACCGCUGCACCCAGCAUCCUAAAC